AUGACGGUGUCCACCUCCAGAGAGUCAUUAGCCGAAGCAGUGGAGGCGAUCUCUGAUCAUGUUGUCGACAAUGGCAGCAACAAUCGUCCCUACCUUCUCUUCGCUGCAGGGGGAGCUGCAGGUCAUACCAAUCCCCUCCUACAGAUCGCGGCAGAGAUGAUCCGGAGGGGUUUUGAGGCUACCUUCAUUGCGGGCACAGACUUCCAUUUACAGAUCAAGGAAUUGGGCAUCGAACAUGUACCUAUUCCCAUGAUGAUGACCCCGGAGUUGGAUGAGAUCCGGUCCAAGAUUCCCGCAGGCGUCCCACGUCUCAUGUGGGAUUUGAGCGAAGUUUUCAUCAAGCCAAUCCCGGGUCUGUUUCGAAUCAUCAUGGACACUCUGGAGAAGAUUCGCCAAAAACGUCCGUUUCAACAGGUGGUGAUUGUUCAUGAGACUUUUUUCAUGGGUUUAGCCCCAAUGAUGUACGGUGCGCCUCUGCCAAAAGGCUAUUCAACAAGACCCCCCGUUGUCGACAUUAAUGUUACGCCUGUGGUCAUCACAAGUAUUGACACGGCGCCGUUUGGUCCUGGUCUACCCCCCGACUCAACCUAUUCCGGCCGCUCACGGAACAAACUUCUCAAUGAGAUGUUCUUCAGCCCUAUUGGCCCGUUCGGCAAUGCAGCACAGCAAUACACAGAUGUCAUGAAAUCCCUGGGAGCGACAGAGGCGUUCCGACCCACCUUAUUCGAAACGUGGCAGACAAGCUACGACGUCACCUUGCAAUUGUGCUCGCCAAGCCUCGAAUACCCUAGAUCUGAUCACCCUUCAGUCAUCAAGUACGCCGGUUGCCUUCCUCCAAAGCCAAUCAAAUCUAACUAUCAAUAUCCUCCGUGGUGGGGGGAUAUUACCGGAAGGAAAAAGAAAAUUGUGGGAGUCACGCAGGGCACCGUCGCGGUGGACUACAAGGAUCUCAUUAUCCCCACAUUACAGGGUCUGUCACACCGUGACGAUAUCAUCGUAGUGGGUAUCCUCGGCGUUAAAGAAGCCAAGCUGCCUGAAGAAGUCGAGAUUCCAGCAAAUGCAAGGAUCAUUGACUAUCUGCCGUAUGAUGCCCUGCUGCCAAAUGCUGAUGUGUGGGUUUUGAAUGCGGGAUACGGCGGUUUUUUGCAUGGCAUUGCGAAUGGAGUGCCCAUGGUUCUUGGCGGCGAUACAGAGGACAAGCCGGAAGUUUCAAUGCGUGGCGAGUGGGCCGGUGUAGCUUACAACCUCAGAACCGGUCAGCCAACACCUGAACAAGUUGCUGAGGGUGUUGAACAUGUAUUGGCAAAUGCGCAUUACAAGACCAGGGUAAUGGAGAUCAAAAGGGAAAAUGAGGAGUUGAAGGCGUUUGACGUCAUUGAGAAACAUAUAUUGGGUUAA